AUGAAGGAGGCCGAGGCGAGGGCCGCAGAGGCCGAGUGGCGCCGCUGGUCUGCCGUCGAGCAGCGGGCCGCGAAGCUGGCCUCCGGGGGCCGCCGCGACCCGGCAGCGGAAGACGCCUGGCUGCAGCAGGCGGCCCGCAUCCACGAGGGGGACGAGCCGCAGGAGGACCCCCCGACGGCGGCCGCCGCCGGGGCCGCCGCCGUGGCGGCAGCGGACGGCGCCAAUGCCACCGACCUCGCAGGCGAGGCCGGGCCGCGGAGUGGCUCCGCCAUGCGGUGGGCCAGGCGGCUGCUGCUGCUGAAGGCCGCCAGCAUCGCCUGGGAGCGCGGCGGGCCCGCGCUGCAGCGCGCCCUCUCCGAGGCGGGGCCGCUGCACUACGGCGUCCGUGCCGGCGGCAAGUGGCACACUCACGCCUGCUACGCGGACAACUGGUUCUUGUACGCCGCCUCGCACAAGCAGCUGCACGAUAUGGUGGCCACACUGACGGGGGCCAUGCUCUCACUGGGACUGUUCUGGAAGCUCUCCUCGAUGUGCGUCCUCACACCAAUGCCUGGAAACAGAAUGUGGCACUGGCAAGUACCCCAGCCCGAGGACGAAAUCUUCGCGGCGAGGCCAGAAGGGUACACAGGUGUCACAGAGACUCCCGGCAACCGCGCGUUGCCGGUCUGUGCUGUCGUUGGAACGUGGCUUGUGCCCGAAGUCGAGGAGACGAUGGUGCUGGGCACGCUGCUGCACCGCACGGGUGCCGCAGCCAUCGCAGUACAGCACAGAGAGCGCCUCGCUGUCAAGGCCUUCUACGCCACCACUGCGCUCCGAUCGCGGGAACUGUCUCUGAAGGAGAGGUUCUCGCUGUACUCGGAAACGGUGCCGGCGACGUUGUUGCUCGGUUGCGAGAGUUGGGUGCUCACGAACACACUGGUGCUCCGCCUCAAGCAGAUGGAAGGGGGCAUGCUGCGCAAGAUGGCCGGCGUCCGCAAGUUCACCGAGCCCACACGAUGGACCAGACAGAGCCCAGCGGAGCCGCUCCUGACCAUCCAAGGGGACAGCCAGAUCGUGGUCGACUGGGUGGAAGGACGCGCCCGCUGCAGGAACCAAGCGCUGCUACCGAUUCUCCGCGAGGCACAGGAGACCUUGGGGCAGACGUUGGGCCGGGGAGCGAGGCCGCCGCAGGUGGGACAGUGCUUGGUGCACCGCGUGUACCGGGAGAACAACAAGACAGCGGACGCAAUGGCCACGCGCGCAGUGGCGGAGCGCCGUUCCCUGCGCAUGGGGCUGGCACAGGCGCUACCAUGGCAGCCGGCUUGGCCGUGGCGCCUCUCCGCUGCCUUCGACGGCGGUCGCAGAGGCACGCACGCCGGCUGCGGCUGGGCCAUCUGGAUCCAGGCCCCGGAUCGAUGGUGCUGGGUGAACUCCAUCGGCUACUGCAAUGUCGACAUUGGGCACAAGUUCUUGCAAUAUGCGACGAAUGACGCCGUGACCGCCUUGGCGCACGACGGAGAGCCGCAGGUUGACGUCGCGGGCAUCGCAGCGCUGGCCGCUGCGUCGGGCGAUUCUUCCAGGCGGCGCGGCGGUGCGCGGCCGCCCCGCACGGCCGCGAUGGCGCCGCGGCCGCGGCACUGCCGCAGCCGGGCCGCCGCGGCCGGCCCCGAGCGGCUCGUGCUGGGGGCCGCGCUGCUGCUCUGCCUGCCACGGGGCGGCGGCGGGAGCCGCCUGCCCCUGCCGAAGCCCCUCCGGCGCUUCGUCAACGAGAGCCGCGCGCAGGUGGCCGCGAUCCUCGGGGGCGAGGACGACCGGCUGAUGGCCGUGGUGGGUCCCUGCUCCGUGCACGAUCCCGUUGCGGUGCGCGAGUACGCCCAGGACGGGGAAAAGCUGCGGGAGCUCGCCGAGGCCCUGCGGGAGGACGUGUUCGUAGUCAUGCGCUCGUACCUCGAGAAGCCGCGCACCAGCGUCGGCUGGCGCGGCAUCGUUAGCGACCCCGACCUGUCGGGCGAGGACGACAUGGAGCGCGGCAUCGAGGUGGGCCGGCGGGUGCUGCUGGACGUGAAUGCGCAGGUGCUGCCCGCUGCCCUGGAGUUCCUAGACCCCCUGGCCGCGCCGUACUUCGAGGACCUCGUGACCUACGGCACGCUCGGCGCCCGCACGGUCGAGACGGGGCCCGACCCACCGGGCGCUCGCCGCCUCGCUGCCGAUGGCGGGAGGGCUCAAGAACGCCCCCGGCGGCGACGUGCAGAGCGCGGUCAACGCCGCGGUGGCCGCGUCGGCGCCGCAGCGCCGCGCGGCGCCGGACGGCUCCGGGAGGGUCCGCGUCGUGGAGGCACCAGGGAACCCCAGCGCGCACGUGGUGCUCCGGGGCGGCUCCUCGGGCCCGAACUACGACCAGGAGAGUCCGUGGCCGACGCGGUGAGGCGCCUGAGCAAGGCUGGGCUCGGCCAUCGCCGGGUCGUGGUGGACUGCUCGCACGCGAACAGCGGGAAGCGGCACGAGGGCCAGCUCGACUCGUGCAGGGCGGUGGGUGCCCAGGUGGCGGGGGGCAGCGGCGCGAUCGCGGGGGUCAUGGUCGAGAGCUUCCUGCGGGCAGGGAACCAGCCGCUGAACCCGGGCGUGACCAAGGUCUCGGACCUGGAGUACGGCCUCAGCGUCACGGACGCCUGCAUGGACUUCGACACGACGCGGGGCCUCCUCCAGGAGUUGGCCGCGGCGAGGAGCCGGAGGCAGGCCUCGGGCUAGGCCGGCACCUCUCCAGCCUGAGCCCUCGCGCCCCCGCCCGCAGUUGAUCAUCGACUGUUACACCCCCGCGGCCUCAGGCGCGCGUUAGCUUGCAAUGAUUAACCCGCGCGUGUGCGGUGGACACCUUUCUGAGAAGCCUUCUGCCCUCCCAUGGCUGGCCGCCCCCCUUCGCCCCGCGCCGCUUCUGAGCGCCGCCUGCAGCAGAUGACGCCGACGGGCACCGAGCGGGCGGUGGUGGUCCUUCGUCGCCCUGUGCCGAGCGGCAGUGACGGAGUACUUUCUAGCGUUUUUGUUGACACGAGGCGCGAAUUGGCACGUCCGUCCGCCGUCGUCACCUGCGCGCCCCAUCACCGCCUUCGUUGUCGUCA